AUGGGAGCGUCUGCCCCGGCUCAACUCGGUAUUCCUUCUGAUUCCCUGGUAUCAGAUUUUAUUAUCAACGGCUCUUGGAACCUUCCUCCAGCGAGGUCGGACCUCCACUUAAGAGCUAUGGUUUCUAUUUCUGCUGUCACUCCUUCUGCACAGCAGGAUCACGCCACCUGGAUAGUUAACUCUGUCACACAUUCCCAAUUUUCCUCGAAGAUUAUGUGGAAUGCUAUUCGGCCUAGACAACAAACUCUCACUGGAGCUUCUGUUGUUUGGCAUACAGCAAUCAUUCCCAAGCAUUCCACAAAUGCUUGGUUGUUCCUCUUAAACAGAAAUCCCACUUUAAUGAGAAUAAAGUCUUGGAAUUCUGAUAUUGAAAUUACUUGCGUGCUGUGUGGUCUCUCUGAAGAAAAUAGAGAUCAUUUGUUUUUUGACUGCAGCUAUUCUUGGACCUGUUGGAGUAACUGCACGCUCAAGCUCGGUUUUACCUCGGUUCCAAGGGGAUGGGAUCCCGUAAUUCUCUGGUUGUUAUCUCUCCCGAAGAGAUCACCGUCUUCAGUGGCCGCUUAUCAGGUCUGGGCUGCUGUGUUGUAUGAAGUUUGGAUGGAGCGUAAUAGACGACUCCAUGAUGGUACUACCUUCCCGGAGGUCGUUUUGAUUCGCAGUAUUAUGAGGACAGUUAGAGAUAAGGCACUGCUCUAUUCAAUACUGGUUUCUCUCUAG